UCCUUGAGCCGCCCCUCGUCUCAAAUUCAACUGUCAUGUAUAGUUUAUAUAUACAUAUACAAAAUAGAAACCAAGUCACAGGUAUAGUUAGUGUCUAACCAAAAUUUUCAAGCUUUGGAGGAAACAAUGAACCUCAUUAAUGGGGUUCCUCUUCUUCAUCUUAUCUUUCUUGCAUGGUGUCUUCUGGCCUUCCAGGCUACAUCAGCUUAUCUUGGAAGGUCCACCUAUAUUGUCCACAUGGACAAGUCUCACAUGCCCAAAAUCUUUCCUAGCCACCACCACUGGUACUCCUCCACUGUUGAUUCCAUAAAAUUAGCCAGCCACACAACAUCAAAUGGUCAUCAAUCCAAACCAGAGCUUGUCUACACUUAUGACAACGCAUUACACGGUUUUAGUGCGCUGUUGUCUCAAGAUGAACUAGAGACUCUAAGGAAUUCACCAGGUUUUGUCUCAGCUUAUAGCGACGGAAAAAUCACACUUGAAACCACCCACAGCACUGAAUUCCUCUCCCUCAAUCCUGUCACCGGCCUAUGGCCGGCUUCACACUACGGCAAAGACGUCAUCAUUGCUGUCAUCGACAGCGGUGUCUGGCCGGAGAGCAAGAGCUUCAACGACAAAGGAAUGACCCCAAUCCCCUCUAGGUGGAAGGGUAAGUGCGAGGAAGGACAAGAGUUCAAUUCCUCAUUAUGCAACUUGAAGCUCAUUGGAGCUAGAUCCUUCAACAAGGGGGUUUUAGCUGCAGAUCCAAACAUCACAAUCAGCAUGAAUUCUGCAAGGGACACCGAUGGCCACGGCACGCACACGGCCUCCACAGCUGCUGGAAACAUUGUGGAAGGCGCUUCGUACUUUGGCUAUGCACAGGGGACAGCAAAAGGGGUUGCUCCCGGUGCUCGGCUGGCCAUCUAUAAGGUUAGUUGGGACGAAGGAAGUUAUGAAUCUGAUUACCUUGCCGCAAUGGACCAGGCCAUAGCUGAUGGUGUUGACGUGAUAUCGAUGUCAUUGGCUCUCGGACGUGGGAUACCUCUGUAUGAGGAUGUUUUUGCCAUAGCUUCCUUUGCAGCCAUGGAGAAGGGUGUGCUUGUUUCAGCUUCAGCAGGCAAUAGGGGCGAGAAUCUUGGACAAGUGCGCAAUGUGAGCCCAUGGAUCUUGACCGUCGGAGCAGGUUCAAUCGACAGGUGGUUUGCCGGCACUUUGACUCUCGGAAAUGGUUUAACCAUCACCGGAUGGAGCCUAUUCCCUGCAAGUGCCUUGGUGUUAGACCGCCCUCUCAUUUACAACAAAACUCUGUCACCAUGCAAUUCAGCUGAAUUGCUGUUUGAAGCCCCUAAUGAUGGCAUCCUCAUAUGUGAUGAGAGUGACAUUGACGCAUUUAAUGAUCAAUCUCAGUAUGUCUCAGGUUCCAAUGUGGCUGCAGCUAUAUUUAUCUCUGAUGAUCCUGCAGUACUUAGAUCCAAAAAUUUCUACAGCCCCGGAGUCGUGAUUAGCUCUAAAGAUGCCAUAGCCGUGAUCAAAUAUGCUGAAAGUGGAAAUACACCAACAGCGAGCAUGAAGUUCCAACAGACCAUAAUAGGGACAAACCGUGCCCCUGUUGUCGCCUCAUACUCUGCAAGAGGUCCCGCCUUGAGCUGUCCGACCAUUUUGAAGCCGGACCUAAUGGCACCGGGGACAUUAGUUUUAGCAGCAUGGAUUCCAAAUGACCCGGCAACCACUAUUGGCUCUAAUAUUGGAUUGUCCACUGAUUACAAUUUGCUCUCCGGGACAUCCAUGUCGUGUCCUCAUGCUUCCGGCAUAGCUGCGCUCCUAAAAGGCGCACACCCGAAAUGGAGUCCAACUGCUAUUAAGUCUGCCAUGAUGACCACAGCCAACCCAUUUGACAACACUGGCAAUCCCAUCCUACAGAGUCGCUUUAAUUCCGAUGCUUCACCCCUAGACAUGGGGGCAGGUCAUGUUGAUCCUAACCGAUCACUUGAUCCAGGUCUUAUCUAUGAUGCUACUCCACAGGACUAUGUCAAUUUCUUAUGCUCACUGAACUACACUGACAAUCAAUUCUUCACCAUCACAAGAUCAAAGGGUUACAAUUGCUCAAACCAGUCUUCUGACCUCAAUUACCCAUCCUUUAUUGUGUUGUACAGUUAUGAAAAUGAGAAAUUGGUUCAGAAAUUUCAGAGGAUUGUCACGAAUGUUGGCAACGCCACGGCCAUUUAUAGAGCUAAGGUUGAAGCACCAAAGGGUUCUGUGGUCAGAGUCUCACCGAAGACACUGAUUUUUAAGAAGAUGUAUGCGAAGAAGAGCUAUUCGUUGACCAUAAGUUAUAGGGGAUUGGAGGGUACAAGCCAAACAUAUGGUUCUGUAAUUUGGGUAGAAGAUGCCGGUAAGCAUACUGUGAGGAGUCCCAUAAUGGUCUCACCCUCGCCUGAUAUUUUUGGGUAGGUUGGUGUUCGAAUUUUGCAUGUGAAUAUGUGAUGCUAGAGAAUUGCCAUUGUAAGUGUUUGUGUGUCAUGAGGAAUAAGUUAUUUUGAAUGGUGAAAAUAAAGUGUAGGAUUCUAAUUCUCAAUCUCUGAAGAGAUCAUACCAACCAUGGCUAAGUGGUUGUGUGUAUCUAUACAUAUGUAUAUCCAAAGUUUUGUGCAUUUCUUGACUUUUAAAAAUUUAUUUAUAUCAA